AUGAGGGCCAAGCACCUUGGUCCCCAGAACCCAAGGUGUGCGAUUAUGACCUUCCGCCCAACCACGGAAGAAUUCCAAGAUUUCAACAAAUACAUAGCCUACAUGGAAUCCCAAGGUGCACACCGAGCGGGCCUGGCCAAGGUAAUCCCACCCAAAGGCUGGAAAGCCAGGCAGACCUACGAUGACAUCGAUGACAUCUUAAUAGCCACUCCCCUCCAGCAGGUGGUCACUGGCAAGGCAGGUGUGUUUACUCAAUACCACAGAAAGAAGAAGGCCAUGACCGUGAGCGAGUAUCGCCGCUUAACCAACAGCGACAGAUACCAGACUCCGCUGUACUAUGAUUUUGAUGAUCUGGAGCGCAAAUACUGGAAAACACGCCUCUAUGAUUCCCCGAUCUACGGCGCGGACAUCAGUGGCUCCUUAUUUGAUGAAAACACCAAAGAGUGGAACCUGGGUCACCUGGGAACCAUUCAGGACCUGCUGGAGCAGGAGUGCGGAGUGGUCAUCGAAGGCGUCAACAGCCCCUACCUGUACUUCGGCAUGUGGAAGACCGCCUUCGCCUGGCACACGGAGGACAUGGACCUGUACAGCAUCAACUUCCUGCACUUCGGGGAGCCCAAGACCUGGUACGCGGUGCCCCCGGAGCACGGCCGGCGCCUGGAACGCCUGGCCAAGGAGCUGUUCCCGGGCAGCUCGCGGGGCUGCGGGGCCUUCCUGCGGCACAAGGUGGCUCUGAUCUCGCCCACGGUCCUCAAGGACAACGGCAUCCCGUUCGGCCGGGUCACUCAGGAGGCUGGCGAGUUCAUGGUGACGUUCCCCUAUGGCUACCACUCUGGCUUCAACCACGGCUUCAACUGUGCGGAAGCCAUCAAUUUCGCCACCCCGCGCUGGAUCGACUAUGGCAAGGUGGCCUCGCAGUGCAGCUGCGGGGAGGCGCGGGUGUCCUUCUCCAUGGACGCGUUCGUGCGCAUCCUGCAGCCCGAGCGCUAUGAGCUGUGGAAACGCGGGCAGGACCGGGCGGUGGUGGACCACACGGGGCCCACGGCGCCUGGCGGCCAGGGCCUGAGCGCCUGGAGGGACGUCCGGGUGCCCGCCGAGGCCGCGCUGGGGCUGAGGCACUGCCCUCCCCGCCGGCUCCAGCCCCUCCAUCGACCCGUGGCCGAGGACGGUGGUACCUGCCGCCGAUCCCCUAUGCGUACGGGAUCCCCUCACCCCUUGCCAGCUCCUGGUUCUUCCCCUGGCGCUCAGUUCAGGGCUGCCACCACUGGCAACUUCCCAGAGCCCGGCUGGACCCUGUUGCCAACUCCAGGUCCAUCCACCCCGGAUCUCCAUCCAAAUGAGAGACAUGGUCGCGGUCGUCGUCCUCGGGAACAGGGGACUCAGGAGCUGACUGUCCAGGCCCGGGUUAAGAGGCGCCUCUCGGGAGACGCUACUCAACACCCGGAGGCUCAGCCCUUGCCUUUGGAAGGACCCUCCAUGGACAGCCGUGCACCGCUGAGCCCUGGACUCCAGCAUCCUGCUUAA